AGGGUAGCUGAUACCAGUAUAAAUGCAGGCGUCAGUCUGUCCAUUCACAGUUCCAGAUUCUCUACUGCGAAGACACACACCAGAACCAAGAUGUUCAGAAAAUUAUUUCUACUCUUAGUCGUCAUCAUGAUGUUUGGAUACAGCAUGCAACAGGGUGGAGGAGGCGGAGCUGGUUCUGGUGGUAAUGCAGGUUUCGGCUUCGGUUUCGGUGGUAAUGCUGGUGCAGGUGGCGGAGGUGCCGGAGGUCCCGGAGGUGCCGGCAAUGGUGGUGCAGGGGCACCCAACGGUAAGGGAGGUAACUUUGGCUUUGGUUUAGGCAAGAACGCAGGAGCUGGUGGCAAUGGCGGGGGCGCGGUGGGAUUUGGCAAAUAAAGAACUGAUAUUUUUUUUAAAUAAACAUACUUAAUAUAAUAUUUAUUAAUAAAUUGUAACUCCCUA